AUGUCGGCCGCCGCCCCAUCGUCGCCCGCAGUCGUGCGCACUUCCUCCUCUUCGCGCAGAUCCGUAGACAGACCCCAACGCUCCCAGAGCACCCAGAGCCGGCCCACUGGACACGCGCCCAGCCGCCAUCAGCAGCAGAGCGGCCUCCCCAACGUCGCCCGGAGAGACUACGAGCAGAGCAACGUCGCCCAGGAGCAGCCUUCACGUCGCAGCGAAGACCCAGCCCGCACCGAAUCCAGCAGACGAAGCCACUCGCGGUAUGCGUCUGACGCGUCGACAACUUCCGCAAUGCCCAUCAACGGCGUAGCUGCCGAAGCCAGGCCGGGCCAGCCUCAGGCCGUAAACAAGCGCAGGACCACCAUCACCGCGCCCAGCACAGGAACAUGGGCGCUGGGAAAGACAAUUGGCGCUGGCAGCAUGGGCAAGGUCAAGCUGGCGAAGAACGCCGAGACUGGGGAGCAGGCCGCCGUCAAGAUCGUACCCCGACAGUCCCAAGACCAGCACCAGAGCGCUGCCGACCGUGAACGAGCCGACCACUCCAAAGAAGUCCGCACAGCCAGGGAGGCCGCCAUUGUCAGUCUGCUGAACCACCCCUACAUAUGCGGCAUGAAGGAUGUGGUGCGCACAAACUUCCACUGGUACAUGAUGUUCGAGUUCGUCAACGGCGGGCAGAUGCUCGAUUACAUCAUCUCUCACGGCCGCUUGAAGGAAAAGCAGGCGCGCAAAUUCGCUCGACAGAUCGCCAGUGCCCUCGACUACUGCCACAGGAACAGCAUUGUGCAUCGAGAUCUUAAGAUCGAGAACAUCCUUAUCAGUAAGAUGGGUGAUAUCAAGAUUAUUGAUUUCGGGUUGAGUAACUUGUUCUCACCAAGAAAUCAGCUAAAGACGUUCUGUGGAAGUCUGUACUUUGCAGCCCCAGAACUGCUCCAGGCUAAACAGUAUACUGGCCCCGAGGUUGAUGUCUGGAGUUUCGGCAUUGUAUUGUACGUCCUCGUCUGCGGAAAGGUGCCGUUCGAUGACCAGAGCAUGCCGCAGCUUCACGCCAAGAUCAAGAAGGGCCAUGUUGACUAUCCUCCAUGGCUAUCUGCAGAAUGCCGCAAUCUGAUUCACAGAAUGCUCCAGACCGACCCGACUCAGCGAUUGACUCUCUCGGAAAUUAUGAGCCAUCCCUGGCUCACCAAGGGAUUCAACAGUCCUCCUGAAAACUACCUGCCUCACAGAGAACCCGUGCAACUACCCUUGGACAGCGAGGUCAUCGAGAAGAUGCAAGGUUUCGAUUUUGGCACCACUGAGUAUAUUACCACACAAUUGACCAAUGUCAUCCAGUCGGAGGAUUAUCAACGUGCGGUUCGAACAGCCGCUCGCAGGGCGACUGCUCAAACACCAGAAGCAGAGAAGAAGAGGGGCAUGUUCGACUUCUACAAGAGACGCACUUCCAUUGGAAGUCGGGAGCAGUUGACAGCUUCAUCGUCUGAAGAUAUCCAACGGGGAAUGGACCCAGUGAACGCAUACAGUCCUCUCCUUUCGGUCUACUUCCUCGUCAAGGAAAAGAGAGACCGUGAACGACAAGAAGCAAACCCAGGUCCUGCCGCCAUGCCUCAGGAGCCAGACGAGAAGCCACUGAAGAUGCCAGAUCUUCCACCCCCACCGGCAGCGUAUACCAACUCAGCUGCCUACGAGAUGGCAGGCGAAAAGCCUACAGGCGGAAGGUCGCGACCGAGAGCUAGGACACAUGGAGAAGAUGACCUUACCGAGGGCCUGAAAAGAGUGGAUCUCAACAAUCCACCCCCAGUGCUGCCGCCUCACGUUCAGGCUGAACAGCCAAAGAAGGAGGGUGCCGCUGUUGGUUUGUUACGCCGCUUCAGUACCAGAAAGUACCGAAGUCAUGACAAAGACCGGACCGCUGAGCCUAUGCCUCCACCCACUCCAGCCGUUGCAAUUUCCAGUCCCGCCGAGCCUGCCCCGGCGCCAGCUUCCGUACCAAGAAAAAGCUUCAGCAUUCGAAGGGCGCGUGGCCGUGACGAAGGCUCUGUACCGCAUCUUCCAGAGAGCACAAACAGUGCAAAUAACCAACCUGAACUACUCUCCCCUCCUGGAAGCGGCAACAGUGCCGCUCGGAAGCUGAAAGCACUUGGCCGCUCAACAAGCGUCAACUCGGCUGAUCUCCGGAGGCGACUCAGUCGCCGUGGACGAUCUUCGGAAGACCCUGGAAACCCUCCUCCCACAAGUGGGUCAGAUAGAUCCGAGCUGAGUGCGCACAAGGUUCGUCCGAUCAACGAUGCUGCUUCUGAUGACCUUACAUCGAGCCCGCGACCUAUGCAGGCGUCGCGGGCGAAGUCGCUAGGCCAUGCGCGACGAGAAAGUAUCCAAGCACGAAGGGCAAAGCGAGAACAAGCGAAGGAAGCAAACGUACCCGAAGAGACAGAUGCAGAGCUGGCAGAAGCACAGGCAGAAGCUAGUCGAAGUCCAGACGCUGUUAAGCCUGUGUUUCUUAAAGGUCUUUUCAGCGUCUCUACGACAAGCACCAAGCCACUGCCUGUCAUCCAGGAUGAUCUGAUUAGGGUGCUUGAUCAACUUGGGGUCGAGUGGAGUGAAGUCAAAGGGGGUUUUAGAUGCCGACAUGCACCCAGUAUUGAUAUGAACAAGCCCAUGGAUUCGCCAGCUUCCCCACCGAGCGGGGCCCAUAAGAGGAAGAUCAGCUUCGGGGGAUUCAUGGGCGGCGGCGAUAGAGACCGUGACGAGUUCCGGGAGCAAAAUCGAGCGCCGCAGACGCCGAAAUCGCGAUCACGACCAUCACCUGCGGAUCAGAGCUAUACGAAUACCGACGAGUCUGAUGGCAGCGAAGAACGGGAUGAACGACGACCGCGACGCGCAGUGCCUGCGGGCGAAACGUCGACACAUGUGCAGAGUGACAUGGGCUCAAGCAUGAGUCUUGUGUUCGAGAUCUUGAUCGUCAAGGUUCCGCUGUUAACGCUGCAUGGCAUCCAAUUUAAGAAAGUGGAUGGAGGUACAUGGCAGUACAAGAAUAUGGCUCAGACUAUCCUCAAUCGCCGCUCCCCAUAUAUAGUCGCGCAGACUUUCCCACCUUACCCCCACCCACAAUCAAUACGAACCUGUCGGUACUCGCGGCCAAUGCAACAUUUCCUCGCGCAUCAGCAGCAGCAGCAGCAGCAGUACGGCGACUGGCCCGCCCAAACCCAAGCCCAUCACCAGCAGCCCCAGCAUCAUGUAGGCCAGCACGGACAACAUCAAGCGCAAGCCGCACAGUUGCACGCCCAACAACAGGCCCAGGCUGUCCAGGCGGCUGCCCAACGACAGUAUCACCAACAACUCGCCGCCAAUAAUGGCAGCGCUAUCCCCGGCAAUAACGCCGUUCCCCGCGGGCCCGCCAACGACGUUCAGGCAUCCGAUAUUGGAAUGACGGAGGAGAACAGGCGCGUUUUGGAGUGGAUAGCUCAGCUUAUGAAGCCUACCACGCGUGAAGCAGCUCUCUUGGAAUUGAGUAAGAAGCGAGAACAGGUUCCGGAGCUUGCUCUGAUUCUCUGGCACUCUUUUGGUGUCAUGGCCUCCCUCCUCCAAGAGAUCAUCUCUGUCUACCCGCUGCUCAACCCUUCGCAAUUGACCGCCGCUGCUUCAAACCGUGUUUGUAACGCUCUUGCGCUUCUUCAAUGUGUCGCUUCUCAUACCGAAACCCGUGGCUUGUUCUUGAGCGCACACAUUCCGCUCUUCCUCUACCCAUUCCUCAACACAACGUCCAAGUCGCGACCCUUCGAAUACCUCCGUCUUACCUCCCUGGGUGUCAUCGGUGCUCUUGUCAAGAACGACUCUUCCGAAGUCAUCAACUUCCUCCUGACAACGGAGAUCAUCCCGCUUUGUCUGCGUAUCAUGGAGACCGGCUCAGAGCUCAGCAAGACAGUGGCCAUAUUUAUUGUCCAGAAGAUCUUGCUAGAUGACAUUGGUCUUGCUUACAUAUGUCAGACUUACGAGCGCUUCUAUGCUGUAGGCACCGUACUCAGCAACAUGGUCAACCAGCUUGUGGAGCAGCAAACCGUCCGUCUGCUCAAGCACGUUGUGCGCUGCUUUCUCCGCUUGAGCGACAACGCCCGUGCUCGUGAAGCGCUGCGUCAGUGCCUUCCAGAGCCUCUCCGCGACGCCACCUUCUCCUCAGUUCUACGAGAUGAUGCGGCCACGAAGCGCUGUCUUGCCCAACUCCUGAUCAACCUCUCCGACAACGUCGUCGAUGCCGCGAACAACCAGCAGCUUAUGCAUUAA